AUGGCCAACGUCCUUACCCCAAGCGUCCUUGUCGGUACCGCAAUCACCCCUGCGGUGCUGGCGUACAAGCCUCCCCACGAGGCGCUCAAGGAAUUCGUUCCAGCCCGCGAUCGAGCGUUUUUCGCCGACCCAGCCAAGGCUUCACUGCUGGGUUUAGCGACAGCCGUUGAGGAGGUCACUCCAUACAUCGGAACCGAGCUGAAGGGAGUCCAGCUGAGCAAGCUGACCGACCAGCAGAAAGACGAACUGGCACUGCUGGUAGCGGAGAGAGGCGUCGUCUUCUUCCGCGAUCAAGACAUCACUCUUGACCAGCAGCACGAACUUGCAUCAUACUAUGGCAUUCAAGACAGAGAUCCCAACCAGCAGGACCCCAAACACGUAACCAUCAUCGGCCGAGGCGGAAAUAUCCGAAGCCAUGGCAACUUCUCUGGAGAAUGGCACGGCGAUCAUACCUACGAGGUGAACCCGCCUGCGUAUACUCUGCUUCGUCUACUCAAGACACCUCCCAGCGGCGGAGACACCAUCUUCACCAGCCAAACCGGUCUCUUUGAUAAGCUCAGCCCAGCUUUCCAAAAGGCCAUCGAGGGCCUCCACGGAGUUCACUCUUCAGAUAGAGCCUAUCUCGGCUCCAUCAACGGCGGCGGAACACCACACAGAGCCCCCAUCUCCACCGCCCAUCCCCUGGUCCGAACACACCCCGUAACCCGCCUCAAGUCGCUCUUCUACAACCCAACCUUCCUCGAGCGCAUCCAGGAGCUAAAUGCCCAGGAGUCUCACCACAUCCUCGCCUUUCUCCGCGAGCAUCUCUCCAACGCAGACGACGUGACCGCUCGCUGGAAGUGGACGCCCGGCGCUGUCGCUUUCUGGGAUAACCGAGUCAUCGCCCACAAGGCCAUUCCUGGCGGCUACGACACCGAGCUUCGAGAAGGAAAGCGUACUGCCAUCUUUGGAGAGCGACCGUUCUUUGAUCCCGAGAACAGCGAGAGUCUGUCGGAGAGGGCUGCGCGAUUGGAAAACGAGAAGAGCGUGAAUGGAAACGGGCUGGUGGACAAGGCAAAGAACUUGGUGUUGAACAAUUAG